CCCAAAAAAUACUCAAUACAUUCAGAAGCAACUGCAAACCCCAACCCACCUACCAUUUUAAUCUCCCCGCAAGUAACUCCAGGAAAACUCCAUCAACACACACCAAAUUAUACAAAAAAUAUUAAUUAAAUAAUUAAUUUCAUCAACACAUUUUCUACGACUUUCUGUGCCCUCCUGCAGCCUGCUGAUCUCGGAAGAUUUCUCCAUCAAAUCACGCAGAUACGAUAAGAAGGCAAGAAAACAAAAACAUUGGGUGCCCGGAAAAGAACGAGGCAGGAAGCCCGCAUCUUUUUGGAGCCGAAUCAAAUCUGGCAAACCUUGAGGGGUUGAGGCCUCGCUUGUCGUUGAAGCAACCUAUUUACAACGACGACGACGAGGAGUGCAGGCCUUGGCGUCGGAGAUUUUCCAUGGCGUUCACUUGGGCUUCUGCUCUCAGGACCACUCUCCUCCUCCUCCUUCUGGCCGCCGUUGCCACUGCUUGUUUUACUCUCCCUAUUGAAAAGAUUUUGAAGGACUUCUUAUUAUGGGUUGAGCAUGAUCUUGGUCCUUGGGGUCCCCUUGUGCUGGCUAUUGCAUACAUCCCACUAACAGUUUUGGCAGUACCAGCUUCAGUACUUACUCUCGGUGGUGGUUAUCUUUUUGGCCUACCUGUUGGCUUUGUUGCCGACUCAGUUGGAGCCACUAUAGGUGCAGGGGCUGCUUUCCUUCUUGGAAGAACUAUUGGGAGAUCAUUUGUUGUUUCCAGAUUGAAGGAUUAUCCUCAGUUCCGGGCAGUUGCCAUUGCAAUUCGGAGAUCCGGAUUUAAGAUUGUUUUGUUGCUUCGUCUUGUGCCCUUGCUCCCCUUCAACAUGCUAAAUUACCUCCUCUCUGUGACUCCUGUUCCAAUAGGACAAUACAUGCUGGCUUCCUGGAUAGGGAUGAUGCCAAUAACACUUGCGCUUGUAUAUGUUGGAACAACUCUUAAGGAUCUUUCUGAUGUGACGCAUGGAUGGGGUGAAUUUUCAAAGACCCGUUGGGCUUUUGUCAUACUGGGCCUUGUAGUCUCCGUGAUUUUAAUGAUUUGUGUUACAAGAGUUGCCAAGGCCGCUUUGGAUAAAGCUUUGGCUGAAAAUGAGGAUAUUGAUAACAUCGAUAUUAUACCAGAGUUACCUGUUGUCUCCGAAGCACCAGUGCAUCUCAACCAGCCGCUUUUAAUCAAGAUAGAUGCGCCUGACGACCAUCAUGAGAAAUGAAAUCCACGCUCUCUGUAAAUUCUUCAGUCCCACCUCCUCCUUUCAAAGUGUUAUGCUCAAUUAAUACUGCAGCAUCAGAUAGUCAUCAAUUUGAUCCCUGUACAGUCUCCCAUCCUUUAGAUUUUGUAAUUUGGAACAAAUAUGGCUUAACUUGACCAUUAAGAAUGAAUUAUUUGAGUCUAACUUUUGUCCCUUUCAACAUGAAAUGAAAGAUUAAAGAAAUCAUUGAGGUCA